GGCCUCGCUGUGUGUGUGGAGUUAGGAGAAAGGAGAGGCUGAAACGUAUGCCAAGGUAGGGAAUAUCUGGAGGAAAUCAACCCUAUGUGCCGUAGCCAGUGUGAUAGGAGGAAUCCUGAAUGGCUGCCCGGAACGAUCUCAUACAGACUGUGGAAAUAGGAGAGAGCGUACGUGGGGAGGACGUCUACAUUGUGCAGAGUGGUUGUGGGGAAAUCAAUGACAAUCUGAUGGAGCUCCUUAUCAUGAUAAAUGCGUGCAAGAUUGCCUCAGCCAGCAGAGUCACAGCUGUCAUCCCUUGCUUCCCUUAUGCUCGGCAGGACAAAAAGGACAAGAGCCGAGCCCCGAUCUCUGCCAAGCUGGUUGCAAACAUGCUGUCUGUGGCAGGAGCAGAUCACAUAAUCACAAUGGACCUGCAUGCAUCUCAGAUUCAGGGUUUUUUUGACAUCCCUGUUGAUAACUUGUAUGCUGAACCUGCUGUACUGAAAUGGAUCAAAGAGAAUAUUCCUGAGUGGAAGAACUGCACCAUUGUUUCACCAGAUGCUGGUGGAGCCAAGAGAGUGACCUCCAUUGCAGAUCGAUUGAAUGUAGACUUCGCCCUCAUUCACAAGGAGCGCAAGAAAGCCAACGAGGUGGAUCGCAUGGUGCUGGUGGGUGAUGUGAAGGACAGGGUGGCCAUUCUGGUGGACGAUAUGGCAGACACGUGUGGCACCAUCUGUCACGCUGCAGACAAACUCGUGUCAGCUGGAGCCACCAAAGUUUAUGCCAUCUUAACUCAUGGGAUCUUUUCUGGGCCAGCAAUUUCUCGGAUCAAUAAUGCCUGUUUUGAGGCAGUGGUAGUCACAAACACGAUACCCCAGGAGGACAAGAUGAAGCAGUGCCCUAAAAUCCAGGUGAUUGACAUCUCAAUGAUCCUUGCGGAAGCCAUCAGGAGGACUCAUAAUGGGGAAUCUGUCUCCUACCUAUUCAGCCAUGUCCCUUUAUAACAACCGAUGCCAGCUUCUGCUUGUAUGGCUUUUUUUUUUUUAAACCAAAAGUUGUUCAGCUUGUUGUAAAGUCCAGUAGAAGACUCUGCUUGUUCCAGUGCAGUUCUCCACAGCUCCUCCUGCUUUAAGUCAGGCUUACUGGCUCUGACUCCAGCAUGGGGAGGCUGGGGCAAAAAGCUCAUCUCUGUAACACUCCAGCUCUGCCAGCAACUCUGUGCAUUGGGGGCUCAUCAGUAGGAUUGGCUCAAUACUGCAGAUCUGUGGAGAGCAGGACUGACACAUGGUGCAUUGCCACAAUUAUUUUGGGGGGAAGGGGGGUGGGGAGAGGGUUUGUCUGUGGGCAGGGUUAGAUGACCUGGUGUGCACACCCUGAAUUGUUGGGGAAGUAGAUCUCCCUAGGACAUGUGGGUGUGGAUGUACAGCAAGAGCCCAAGAGGCUGCUGUAUUAUUGCUCUACUGCUGCCAGCUCUUCAAGAGGGAUGAGGAAGACUUGUGUCUUGGCCAAGCUUUGACCAUAGCUGAAGCCCUGGGGACAUGUAGGAAGUGUUUCACACCUGGGGCUGGUUCAGCUACACCUUCCUCUUGCGAAAGGAGGUCAGUGUAGCUUGCAGACUUGAAUUCCCCUUAAUUACUGAAGAAAUGUCUAAUGUGUUGCACAACAGAAUGCUGAGAGCGUGGUCUGCAGUACUGCCUUGCUGUUGGGUUAACUUAGUGGUGAAGGUGCUCCUUGGGCAAGUAAUCUUCCUCUUAUGCAGAGGACACAUGCUGGUUGUGGGCUAUAGGUUUUAGGGUAGAUUAAACCCAGUUCCUCCGUUUCACAAGUUCCCAUUAGCCUUGCUACUGACCGGAGGACUGUCGUGUACUGUACUGCACCUGGACAUGCUGUGCACAUGUACCUUGGUCUGCUUUCACCAGUACUCUGGUAACUGAGCCUCUCCACCCUGCAGAAGCAUGGCUUCUGGCAGUGGGUCGAAGGGGCUCGUGUUAUACAGCACUGGGAAAACUGCAAAUCCAAAACCAGUCUGAUGGGCAGCGAGGUGCCCAAAAGAAAAAUACCAAAACUAGAGUUAGCUGAGGCUCUUAGGUGUAAAAUAAGUAUCAUCCAAAACUUGAACGCGUAGUAACUGUACCAGACAAUCUUAAAAUGUCUCUCCUGGACUCUUAUGGUGUUACAGGUCAAGCUGUUUUAUGCUCUGGUUUUUAUAAGCACUCCUCCUCGAUUUGUUUGUGAGAUGGGGAAGGGAAAAGGGAAAAGAAGGAACUUGAGAUGACUUGCUGGGGUAACUAGCGUGGCAUUGGGAGGCUGGGCUGUAAGUGGAACUAACUGAAAAGAGGUGGUUGAGAUCUGGGAAGUGCUACUUCAGUUGUGCCUUUUAAUGAGAACUUCUCCCCUCUCCCUUCCUAGAAUUCCUGUCCUGUGGCGAUGUUAACACUUCUAUUACAGUGUAAGGUUGUUGGUUGUUUGUUUUUUUUUUUUUGUAUAAGAAUUGGUGUUUGUCUGGAAAGUGUAUCCCUUGCUUUGCUUUGCAUCCUGCACUGAGCUGUGCCGAGAGCCCAAUUCCUGCCUCCUGAAUUCCUGCCUCCUGCUUUGGAGCCCUGCUGCUGCACUGCCAACGCCUCGGGAGCUGAGAGCCAGGACAUCAGAGCAGCAGUGUGAGGAUUUUCAGCAGCAUUUGUGUUUAAAUAUGUGACCUGAUGAAGGAAUUAAACUUUUAUUUAAAAAAAAAACACAAACAAACCACAGUA